AUGGCAUACACACCUUUAGAACCUCAAAUCACAGGGAAUCUGGUGGAAAAAGAUGAGAUAUGUCUCAUGUUGAAACACUGGAUAACUGCAUUAAAAGACAUUCAGAGAUGUAAUGGAGAUAAAAUUGGCAAUCACUACAAUGGACCCUUUCCUCGGCCUGCAAUGAUAGGUGGUCCUCAACCAUCUAACUACUGUCAUCAUCCAUCAUCACAGUUCCAAGAAGUAGGGAGACAUGUUUACCAAGCAUAUCCCCAUCCGAAUCCAUUUCCAUACUACCAACAACAAUUCUUUGCACCGCCGCCAUACGAUCCAUUUGUGAAUAAUCGCCAAACAACUUCUUUUGUAUGCAAUCAAGCACAUACCUACCAUGUAGAACAGAAUUCUAGACCAAAUCCUCCUACAUUGGAUCAUCGCUUCAGAUCGAAGGCACUUGUUCGACAAUGGCAUGUUCCUCCUGUACCUUAUUCUGCUGCUGCUCCUUGUUCACCUGCUGCUUCUGUUGGUGUUCGGACACCACCUUUUGAUUUAUCUUCUGCUUCCCAUUAUCACAAUUCUUUUCAAGGUCAACACAAAGUGGAUAAAAGGGCUUCUAUUGUACAUCAAGUAGAGUAUUAUUUCAGUGAUGAAAAUUUUGCCAUCAGACCAUCACCUGCCUCUUUAUUGGAUAAAGAUGGAUGGGUUUCUAUUCAUUGUAUUGCAAGUUUCAGAAGACUAAACAAUUUGGCCAAGAAUAAUACGUGGUUGAUUCUAGAUGUAUUGAGAAGUUCAAACUUCAUAGAAAUCCGGGGUGACAAGAUACGUAGGCGUGAUUGGUCAAAAUGGAUUCAAGCAUCACGUCACCAUGCAUCUUCAUCAAAGUCUCAUGUCACUAUAGACCCAUCCCAAGGGGAACAAAGGACUCCCGUAACUGCAAAACAAUCCAAUUUAAAUCAAAUCAUGCUGCAAAAGGAUUGCCUUCCAUGCAAUAAUAGUAUUGACAACAAUGAUGAACUGAACACCCUAACUCAAAACCUUUAUAAUGUUAAAAUCGUCGCAGAGCCAGCGAAAGAUUUAAAAAACUCGCCCUGCUCCAGAGAAGACAAGAAUUAAAAGUGCAGUCAUGAGAAUUGUGUUUGUAUAUGUGUUCAUGAUUGAGAUCACACUUGCAAAUUGUUUUGUCUUCAAAUGUGUAUAGGGUUUUUGCUUACAUACACAUAUAAAAAUGGGUAAUUGUUGAUAUACCCUUGUAGAAAUGGUAUAUGCUUAUGAGCCUCUCUAACUUAUACCGGCAAUUAUCCAUUUU